AUGGAGACCACCGCAUCAUUGGUAGAUGGAGACCACCGCAUAAUUGUGCCGGCGGCAUUGACUCAACGAUUGCUGGAGUGGUAUCACACCACUCUUGUUCAUCCCGGAGUGAACCAUCUUUACAAUACUUUACGACAACAUUACACGUGGCCGAAGAUGCUAGAACAGAUUCGGACCUACAUUAGAAGCUGUCAUGCAUGUCAACUAGGUAAGCGAGGAAUGCGAGGUUACGGUAAGAUUCCAUUGAAGGAUCCAGAGACCGAGCCAUGGAAGGAUGUGGCAGUGGACCUUUCCAGACCGUGGAAGGCAACGGUGGACAACAAGGAAAUAAUCUUUCAUACCCUGACGAUCAUCGAUGUUUUCACUGGAUGGCCCGAGAUCAUUCCAAUCACGACCAAGAAGAGUGAGAUGAUUGCAGAUCUACUCAUUCAGGAAUGGCUACAAUGA